CGUAAAUACAGUGCAGUGGAUUGUAGAUUGCAUUUAUUUCUGUUCUGAUUCCUGAUUCUGGAGUUUCUAGUAGUUGGAAGACAACUUAACUAUCAACUUAAUUUCAAAAUAACAAGACAUUCCAAUAAAUUAAACCACAUUUUUUCAUAUCAGCUCAAAUCUCAAAUGCAUUAUUUGCACAAGUUUAUUAUGUUUGAAAAAUUCGCAACCCAGCUGGAAAAAUCAUCUGUCAAUCCAGUAUCUAUUUUGGGUGGGGUUUAAAUCAUUUUUACCCCAAUUUUUCGUCUUCAUUUUCCUUCCUUAAUUAAAUUUAUCUAGCAAACGGAAUGAUACAAAACUACCCCUGACUGUAUUUAGAAAAAAAUUAUUUACUAAAAGUUCCUGACGUGAAGUUUGAGGUUAGAGUUAGAAAUUCAGGUGACAGUUCUGCAAGAAACCUUUACCUCCCAGUGUUGUCCGGAUUGUUUUUCGUUUAUUUUUGGGCAAAAUCCCUAAAAAUAUCGGGUUUUGUCAAUUUUUCCCAAUAGGAAAGGUUCUCUCGCGAGUUCUACGAGAAAAUUAUGUGAAAAUCUGGACUUUUUGGUCAUCAAAUUAUCUUGUGAAAGUGAUGGUGUAAUUUUCCUAUGGACGCCAUUUUGAUUUGCAGCAAGUUAUUUUAAAAUGAGUCCCAACUAGCCAAAAAAUUGAAUUCAAAAUGGCGCCGGUGCCCCGGCCAGGCAGCCUGCGCGAUCCCGAUAUUGCAGAACUCUUCUUCAAGCACGAUCCGGAGAAGAUCUUUGAGGAUCUGCGGGAAAUUGGCCAUGGCAGUUUUGGGGCAGUUUACUAUGCAAGAUGUCUCAUUUCGAAAGAAAUUGUUGCCAUCAAAAAGAUGUCAUUCAAUGGCAAACAGAGUUUGGAAAAAUGGCAGGAUAUUUUAAAGGAAAUAAGGUUUUUGAAGCAACUAAAGCAUCACAACACAAUAGAAUACAAAGGAUGCUACUUAAAAGACAGCACCGCUUGGUUAGUAAUGGAAUACUGUCUUGGCAGUGCUUCGGAUAUCAUUGAGGUGCACAAAAGACCUUUGAGGGAGGAUGAAAUAUCAGCUAUUUGCGAUGGCGUAUUGAGGGGGUUGAAUUAUCUGCAUGAAUUCGGAAGGAUUCAUCGGGACGUCAAGGCUGGAAAUAUUUUGUUGACCGAAAAUGGCACUGUUAAAUUGGCAGAUUUCGGAAGUGCAUCUAUUAAAUGUCCGGCUAAUUCUUUUGUGGGUACUCCCUAUUGGAUGGCACCUGAGGUUAUUUUGGCGAUGGACGAAGGUCAGUAUGAUGGUAAAGUAGACGUCUGGUCAUUAGGCAUUACAUGCAUAGAAUUAGCCGAACGUAAACCACCCUAUUUCAAUAUGAACGCAAUGUCAGCAUUAUAUCACAUCGCCCAAAACGAUUCUCCAACAUUAUCUGCUACCAAUGAAUGGACGGACGUUUUCAAACACUUCGUCGAGGCUUGUUUACAAAAAUCCCCCCAUCUUCGGCCCAGUUCUGAACAACUCCUCAAACACAUUUUUGUGACCAGACAAAGAUCACCCAACGUCCUCAUAGACUUAAUCCAGCGUACCAAAGCAGCAGUAAGGGACUUGGACAAUUUAAAUUAUCGCAAAAUGAAAAAGAUCCUUAUGGUGGAUAAUUGUGAAACCGAAAGCAAUAUUGAUUCACUGCCCGAUGUGGAUGAUGCUCCCGAAGAACCUACAGGAGGCGAUAGUUCAAAAAGUAACUCAGUUACGUCUGAGCAUUCUGUACAUUCAGUUGGUGUAUCGGCUAGUAGUCAGUCUAGCAGUACAAAUAGUCUACCUGCAGGCGGGGAUGAUGGUACUGCUAGGCGUCAUCACAGGCCAAUAAAUCAUGCAGCAGCUGCUGCAUUAAGUGAGCACGCAAGUGGUAAUAAUUUCGCCACAAUCCGCACCACCAGUAUAGUAACCAAGCAACAAAAAGAGCAUAUGCAAGAGGAGAUGCACGAGCAAAUGUCUGGCUAUAAACGUAUGCGCAGGGAGCAUCAAAGUGCUUUGAUGAAACUUGAGGAUAGAUGUCGAAUGGAAAUGGAGAGCCACAAGAAUCAAUUGGAUAAGGAAUAUGAUGCUUUGUUGGCGAAUUUCAGUAAGGAAUUGGAGAAAUUACAGACUAGGCAUCAGCAAGAAUUAGAAAGAAAAGGCAAACAAAGUGCUGCUCUAGAGAAAAAGCUAAUGAAAGAUAUAACUGGUCGACAAGAUAGUGAUAGGAAAGCAUUCGAGGCCCAUAGGAAAAAAGAAUACAAAGCGAACAAGGAAAGAUGGAAAAGAGAAUUAUCACAAGACGAUUCAACACCUAAAAGACAACGGGAUGCUACUUUACAGACUCAUAAAGAGAAUUUAAAGCAAGUAGAUGCCCAAGAAGAGCAGCGGAUGAUCAGAACACAACGUGCCGAACUAGAUUUAGAAUUAAGGAAGUUCAGAAGAAAACGACUGAUGGCUUAUCACCAACUAGAACAGGAUUUGCUACGACAAGAACUUCAUAAACGACAACAGCAGCUUGAACAGGCCCACUCAAUGUUGCUAAGACAUCACGAAAAAACGCAAGAACUGGAAUACAGACAACAGAAGGCUGUGCACGCGUUGCGCGAGGAACAAGUUAAAAAUCAACACGACACAGAGCUGGCCAAUCAGUCUGAGUAUAUGAAAAGGACGGAGCGGGAGUUGCGCAAAAAACACGCGUUGGAAUUGAAACAGCAACCGAAAUCUUUAAAACAGAAAGAGAUGUUGGUGCGCAAGCAAUUCAGAGAAACUUGCAAAGUGCAAACAAAGCAGUACAAAGCUCUGAAAGCUCAAAUUUUGAUGAGCACCCCCAAAGAACAACAAAAAACGGUAAUCAAGAAGCUUAAGGAGGAACAGAGAAGAAAAUUGGCACUUUUAGGAGACCAAUAUGAACAAAGCAUCGCUGAAAUGCUGCAGAAACAAUGCAUUAAACUUGAUGAAUGUCAAGAGCUUCAAUGUCAGCAAAUGAAAGAAAGAUUACAAUACGAGCUGGAAAUUUUGAUAGCAUAUCAGAGUAAGAACAAAAUGCAGGCGCAAGCGCAAAGGGAGCGCGAAAAGAACGAAUUGCAAGAGAGGGUGGAGGUUAGAAGGGCGCUUUUAGAACAAAAGAUGUUGGCUGAAAAUCAAAGAUUCAUUGAGGAACGAGGAGAGAGGAUAAGGAUAUUGCACGAAAAACAGGAAAGGGAGUUGGAGGAGUUUGAUGAGGAAUCUGUUAGGCUUGGAUUCAGUGCAUUAGCUAUAGCAGAAAUGUCCUUGGCGCUAGGCGAACUAUCCAGAGACGAUUUUGAUGGAGAAACUAGUCUGUCAGGCUCUAUGCUCAGUCUAGCACAUUCGAAUAGUUCCACCAGUUUUCCACCGAAUUCAGUUUAGUCGUAAGCCCUAGGAAUUAACAAACAAACUAUUUAAACUGCUUUAGCUUUUAUUUUUUAUUUUUAUUUUUUUGAAGAAAAUAGGAGCUAAAAUUUGAGAAAAACUAAACACUAGCAGUUGUAUGCAACAUCUUCUUUUAACUUAAAAGCACUUUUUGAAACUGGUUCUUUAAAAAAAUUGUAUGGAUUAGAAUACAUAUUUUUAAAAGUGACCAGUUUUAAAAAGCGCUUUUAAGUUAAAAGAGGAUGUUGCAUAUAGCUGUAGGACCCACUGUUAAUAUUAAACACAAUUUCUCAAGAAAUGCGGGGUUCUAGGGAAAUUAUGACAGGAUUGGUUCAUUUGAACUACUAUGUUUUUAAUCAAAAAGAGCUUAUUUUUUGGAUUGACGAAGCAUGUUAACUGAAAUUUAAAAAUUAUACCUAUCUAGAUUUAAAAGGAACCUUUUUUUCUGUUAUAUUGAUUGCUGAUUUUUAUAUUUUGUUGACAUGUAAUUUAUGGCAUACAACAGCAGUCUUAAUAAAUCUAUCUACCUAUCUAUAUACAUGAGCGAGUUAGUAAAAAUCUUUCUGAUCUUAAAGUUCAAAAAGGACUUAAGGCGGGUAUUAUAAAACUAUUUUGAUAGAAAACUAAAAGUUAACUUCCGGAAUUUCAUAGUAAUUUCAGCAGUUAAUUUCUAGUUUUCUGUCAAAAUAGUUUUAUAAUACCCUCCCUCAGUCAGUUGACGAGUAGGAAUUGGCAAGAGCAAGUCACCAUCUCUCGCUGAGGUGGAAGCCCCAGGAUUCUUGAACAGUAAUAGUCUCAAUCACAAAAAGGAAGGUUAGAGUUAAAAUUCUUGGUGAAAGAAGAUCAGUCCUGCAUGAUCUCUAUAUCUGCGAUGAAAUGUACAGCCUUUUCUACAAAAAGCACACUCAGAAGGUUCCAAAAUGGAAUUCCAUAUCGGAGUAGCGAUUCGAAUCAGGCAAAAUAUACCGCACCUAACUUGCCUCUUACAGCCCUCACAGCAAAAUAUCCCGAUGAAAGCUUCCUGCCCAACUUCAAAACGGAGCUCCCCAAACGCCCAGAAAAUUCCAUCUCUUCUUGGCUGCUGCUGAUACAUGACUUCCCUCAUUAUUGUAGUUAGGAACUAUUGUAAUUUGCGAUUCCUCAUCUGAACUAUCUGAUAGAGGCUGAGGUAUUAUCGCAUGUUUGAUUUUCCUGGUUUUUCUGGCGGGGAAGAUGCUUCUUGUCUUAGUUGAUUCCGGACCAUACUGGAUUUCUAUGUUAUUUCUUAAAAUGUUGCAAAGGGUACUAAGACAUGGGACUUGAAGGGAUAUUGGGUGAACCUCAAUUGGUUUGAUAUGUUCAAGAGAACUACUAGAAAGUAAAAUUAAUGCAAAUCGACAUUCAAAAAAUACCUGCUUUGUAGAAGUUGGAUGGCAAAACCAAAAUUCAGUCAAUUUUGAGAAAUUUUCUUAAACUGAGAAAUGUUCAUCUGUACAACAAGCAGCUCCGUGAUAUUGUCGGAUCGGACUUUUGUUAAAAAUCCGAUCCUAAAGUGAAAAUAUACUUUUAUAUUUUCUUACCAAGAUCUUCCUUGUUUUCUCUAUUUAAAACUUCUGAUAACCAUUAAUUCAAAAGAAACUAGAUAAUCAGUUUAAAUCAAAUUUAUUUCUAUAAGAUGAGCGAAGCGAAAAUAUAAUUAUUUGAUGGAUAAUUGGAUAUUGAGUUUAAAUAAUAAAGAUAAUUAUAAGUUUCAAAUAAGUUCUUACUUGCUAAAAUAAUGGGAUUAAAUAUAAGGCAAAAAUAUGUAAUUUUGCUUUGUUUUGAUUGGGGUAGGAUCGGAAAAAAAAAACACCAACGGAAGUUUGUUUUCUUCAAAAUUGUCGACGUUUCGCAAAAUUUAUUUGCAUCCUCAGGACAUUCAAAAAUAUGUAACUUCUAAAUCUCACAAUUCGAGAAAGAAAUAAUAAAUAAAAUACCACUUACGGUGUUGGCGGAAAGUAGAUUUUUUCUGGGAUGAAGUGUUCCAUCACUACAUAGUUCAAAUAGUUUUACUCAGCUGAUAAUUUCGAAAUGCAAACUAGCAGGGUAACUUUCUGCACUUGAAGAGUUAAGUAAGAGCUACCCACUUUACGCCAACAUGCAUUUUUAUACAAAAUUUUCAUCAGGAAAAUUACCCUCACUAUCCUACCUUCAGUGUCGUACCAUGAUUUGUUACCAUUUGUACAAAAUUAAUAAAUAACAUGUUUAAUCCCUAAAACACAAGUUAGAAUGAGACAAUCAUAAAAUUAGGACUGACUUAGCACAUUUCCAGCUUAGUCUGCAAUAAUACUAGCGGAAAAGUCGCCCCUCAUACACAUCCCCACUCUCCUAGAUGUAAUCCUGUUGUCCUCCCAUUGGUACUACGUCAACUUCCAAAAUCCCACCAUUCAUACGGAGGAGGAUUCAACUGGAACUGUUGAGGCUAGGCAAGCCAUAGGGAAGUCAUAACCAUAGGCGGAGAAUUAUUUUUCUGCCGUUGGCUAAUUCCCGACAAUAUAAUCAGUCAUACACCAUGGAAAACUCGCUGGCAAGACUCAAGAUUUUACCGUGAAUAUAUUUGGGUCUAAAAUAAUCAAACUCAUCCAUGGUCCCCGUUUCUUGAAAUCUUUAAGCUUCCCAUUUGCAUACUCAACAAUAUAGACCAUCAUCUGAACUAUCUGGUAGAGGCUGAGGUAUUAUCACAUGUUUUAUUUUCCUGGCGCGGGAGAUGGUUCUUCUCCUAGUUGGUUCUGGAGCAUACUGGAUUUCUAUGUUAUUUCUUAAAAUGUUGAGAAUGGUGAGACAUGGGACUUGGGAUAUGGGAUAUUGGCUGAACCUCAAUUGGUUUGAAAUAUUCUAGAGAACUACCAGAAAGUAAAAUUGACGUAGAAAAAUAUGGCAAAACCAAAAUUCCAUCAAUUUUCAGAAACCUUCUUAUAAAUGAUACAUAUUCAUUUCUACAAGCUGCUUCGCAAUAAAUUCAGUCAUAUACCAUGCAAAGCUCUCCGGAAAGACUCAAGCAGUGACUGUGAACAAAUUUGGGACCACAAAAAUCGAACGGCCCCCGUUUCUUGAAAAUCUUCAAGCUUUUUAUUUUCAUACUUGACCAUAUCGGGCCUGUACUUCUAUGUCAUGGUUGAUGCAAUUGGAAUCCAAAAUCAGUCCGGCCAUAGGGCUCAUAAGGCCAGAGUCUGAUCCAAGAUUUACGAAAAAUAAUGUUGGUUUCAAGUUAGAGCCUCCAUAGCUACGGCGUAAAUACAUGUAGAGGAGAUUGCAUAAAAAGUAGUACGUAUGCUAAGCUUCAAAUUCUUGAAGUUUAUACUAAACUAAUAAGCAUGUACUACUAACUAUGGAGAGUAGUAGUAAGUGCGUUAGUGUAGUACAAACUUCAAGAAUUUUGUAAAUACUUGAAGCAGUGGCAUUUUUAUGUAUUCCUCCCAUUCUGGAUUUUCAAGCUGUGUUGUCGUGUGCACUGACCCUGAUUAUGUGACGGAAAUAUUCAGCCCUGUCCGCUACUCUAAACAUUCUCUCGACUGGGACAGAUUCAAUAUAGGCUUGAAUUAGAAGGCUGAUCGAUAUUAUUUUUACCAGAACCUGAGUCUGAUAUGAUAUGUUGUAUUGCUAAUUGACUUUUACAGGGAGCUGUCUCAUGAAUCAUUAUGGAAAUAAACUUGGCUCCUUAAAGGCAUCUUCCUAUAAUAGUCAGUUAGUUUAGGCAAAAAACAAAUAGUUAUUAAUGAACCAAACUUUUUAUUGAAUUUUUAUAACGCCAAAUUUAUAAUUUAUUUAUUAUUAUUAUUUCCUAAAAUUUUACAUGUUUUUUUUUUCAACAUGUAAUUUGGAUUUAGGCCAGAUUUUUUUCAUUGGUACAAUACUAUUGUCAAAACUUCUUGCCUAAAUAAUUCAGUUAAUGACAUUUUGAUCUAAAUUAAAAUAAAGCUGGAAAUCACGUAUCAAUGAACAAGCCAGGUUUUUUUAAAAUAAUUCAUUAAAUGAAUACUCUCUUCAGAAUAAAAUAAAAAACUAAAAUACAUAUUUUCAAUAUGGCUAUGCCUGUCAUAAUUAUCCAGGACAUUUGAUGUUGGGUCAUUACUGUUGGUUAGAUAAUAAUAGAUUAUUACUAUACACAAUUUUGCAUUAAUAUCACCCACUACCCACUACCUUGCUUCAUAUAUGGGAUAUUAGAUAUCAGAAAAAUUGAUUGUUUUUUCCAGGGAAAGUUUUUAGAAGCUCCUAGCAUAAGUUAAUAAUUGCAAUAGUGUAAAUAUUAUUAUAUAAAUAAUAGGUACCCAAAAUGAAUCUUAACUUGUAAUUUGUCAGGUUUUAACAGUGAAAGUAUGAGAAUGUUUCAACAUAUCAUUGGAUUUUGAGUGAAAAAAUACAUAAAUUAUACACAAACAUAGAAUAUUUAAAGUUUCUACAAUAAAUUCGAAUCAACUGUCAAUUUGAAAUAUUUAAAGAGAUACAUAUAUAUGAAAAAAUGGGAUUUUUUCUUAUACACAUAUUUCGGAAAUUAUGUUGGUGAUUGGAUAUUAAAUUUUUGACUAAGUGCAGUCUAUCACAUAUUGUUUGCUGAUUUUAGUGCAAUUUGCCAGGCCAUUUGGAUGAGACUUGAGUUUGGUCUGGUUCUAAACCAUAUCCCAUCACUAAAUCAUUAUAGUGCUGUGGACUUGGAUAUAAGUUCUUCUCAUACUGUUAGCAAAAAACAAAUAGUAGGUACACAUAACAAUUCUAUAACUAUAAAAAAAAAAACAUCACAAAUGGAUGGAAUUUGGUCAGAGUAAUAUGAAUGUAGGUAUCUAUUUUCUUGCUUUAAAAAAAAAGUAGAAAUAUACCUAAAUUUGUUAUUUUGCUCAGAUCUCAAGUUGGGAAAGUUUAUUUUAUUGUUGUGUUGAGUUUUUAUAAGACAGAAAUUGGUUCAUUUUCUUUUAGUCUUUUGUUGGGAUAAGUUGUCUAUGCCGUAGCUAUGGAGGCUUUAACUUGAAAACGGCAUUGUCUUUCCUAAAUCUUGGAUCAAACCCUACUCAAAUUCUACAUAAACUGACAUUGCUCUAACCCUGGAUUCUCACGUCAAAUUCCAAUCCAAGACAAAAUUGCUAUAACAUUAAACAUCUAAGUUUUGUACUCAGUCAGGUAUGUUCCAUUUCCAGUUCGUAUUGUUCGCAUAAUCUAACCUUGAGUCAAGGCAAUUUAUAUUUAAAUUAUAUAUAAGCACUACUUUUAAAAUAAUUGAAAUUAUUAUGUUAAGAAAAAUCCGAGUUUUCCAAGAUUUAAUAUAGAAAAAUGUUAAUCAAACAUCUUCCUUGUCUUGCCCUAUGUCUGCUCUCGGAUAUAAUCUGGUCGGUGGUAUAUCCGUUGCUAAGGGCUCUAUAGUUCCAUCGCCACUGAUUCCUGGUUUGCCGGUUUUGGACUCUGUCGCCCGGCGUGGUAUUGAUAUAAUAGCCGUCCGAUUAUUAUACCGCAUGCGACAGUUACGAUCGUUGUCGCACCGGUGAUAUAUGAAUGAUUUUCCACCUUUUUCCAUACUUUAUCUUCAAGUUGCUGACCUAGGAGCACCUCAUUAACUUUGACUUGGUCAGGUCGUCGUGAUUUAUUGUGAAUACAGGUUCGUCUUCAAAUUCGGUGACGUCGGAGGUCAUUGUGCGGUUGCUAAUGUGUGAAUUAAUUUCCACCGUUGACGAUUUUGAGUAGCUUGCAAUUACGGAUGCGGUACGAUGCAAUCUGAUAUUUUUUAUUAUACUGGUGCUGUUCAAUAGUUUUCGCAGAUUCCGUUGAAUGUGAUCGCAAUGUUGGCUGAGCAUGGUGUAAUAUACAGGGUGUCCCACGGUGGAUGGCGUAUUAGACGUUUAUGGAGAACUAAAAAGCGGAUCAUUUUGAAAAUUUGACAACCGGGAUAAACGACCAGGAUCUACACUUUAAAAAUAUUUUUGUUUAUGCGGUGUUGCCGCUUCUACUCUAAACUAGUGGCAACAUCGUUAUUUUAAAUGGAACACCACCAACUUGGGCUUGCUUCAAUAUUCUUGACAGUGGCUGGUUUGCGAACGUACGUGGUUUUUCUUUCAGUAGAUGACUGCAUAUCUUCGUGAGUUAGUUGGUAGUAGUGUUGGUUAUUGUAGUCGACUGCAAUGAUAUUGUUUGUGACGUCUAAUGCCCAAUGGCCAAUAGGAUUCAUUUUGUAUGCGAAGUGGUAUCGGAAAUGCUUUCAUCAGUACAUAUUCUGCUAUAUCUCAAUGGUGAAGUAUGCAUAUAUAUCCUGAACCAUUCUUUUCCGCCUCCUCCGCGACUGUUCUCGCCAGAUUCCGCCAUAUCCUCAGAUGUGAUGGCAGCUUCCCAUUUACCUCUUUGAUUAUCCUGGAUGCAUGGACAGGUGAUAGUAGUAUGUAUAUUUAUCCUCCCUGGUAAAUGACUGUUAACAGCUUGGCGUAAUAGUUGCUGAGUUCCGAUAUAUAGUUUGACGCUAAUUGGUAUGCACUCAAAACACGGAUGUUUAGGGUGUUGGUAUUUGCUGUUCUCUACUAUGCUCUCAUGUCAUUCAAGGCCUUGAGUCGCUUGUUGAGUUUUUCUUGAAAUUUCUGUAGUUGUGUAUCAAUUUUAAUUUUUGUGUCGUUGAUUUUUGAACGGCUGACAUCAUUAAUCUCCUUUGAUGUUUUGAUGCUUUAAUCAAUUCUUCUUGAUUGUCUUGAAGACUGUCGAUGUCCUUGAACACUUCCUUAUUCACUCCAAAUACUGCUUUCAUAAAUUUGUCGAGGAUCCCUCAUUUACUUGUGCGUGUUGAGAAAAAGCCGUUUGUGAAUAUAUCUCAUUUUUCUCAGUCAGAUCAUGUGCUAGUGAACUGCAUUGCGUUUCUGCGGACAAUUUUUUUGCUAGGUCGCAUAACUUUUCAAAGUUGUCUAUAACUUCUGUCACUUUCCUAGCAUCGUCCGUGGUUCUUAUUUUGUUGAUAUCUAGCUGUAAUCCGAAUUUCCCUUAGUUGAUUCUGGAUGUGCCCAAGUGUUAAUAAAUAAUCCUUUUUCUGGAUAGUGUAGUGUAUAGUUUGGGUUGGUGUCCUAUGCACAAUACGAACAUUGUACAUAGGAUUCAUAUAGUGGAAUUUUCGUUUUUUUCUUUUUAUAGCCUCGAACUUUUUGAGCCUCUCUGGUAGGAGCCGUUUUUGGAAGUGGAAUCCGUUUCCUCCUCUUCACAUGGUAAUGGAAUUAGUUUGGUAAUAGCUCUUUUCAGUUAAGUUGUGCCUUUUUGUAGGGUGGCGACUCGUACUAACCCAUCGUCGCCAGGGUGCACUUCAGUAAUUCUUGCUAGAUUCUCUUAGUGUUCUUUCCCUUUGUUUCGUGAUUGUAGCCUCUGUAGGUAUUCUGUUGACCACGCUUUCUGAAAAUCUCUUCUCAUUUUUUGACCCACUUUCCAUCUAUUUCCUAAAUUGCUACUGUCCAAGCCUUGCCUAUCAGAAAGUGUCGGUGUGACGACAAUUUCGUCGUCUGUGUUUUCGCUUAACACAGUGAGGGGGCGGAAAUUUGAACAUGCCUCUAUUUGAUAUGCUAACGUAGGUAGUUCUUCAUAUGUCAAUGUUGUUUCUCCGAUGACUCUUUUGUUCAGAUGAUGCUUUAUGGAUUUAACAUUUAACACCUGCCUCCCAGAGCCCUCCAAAAUGUGGAGAUGCUGGUGGAAUAAAGUGCAAUUUUGUCCCUAAAGUGUUGACAGUGUUCUGUAAUUCUAGUGAUUUCAUCAAUUUUAAUAUUUCUUCAUUGAGUUGAUUAGCUGCUCUUACGAAUGUUGUGCUAUUGUGCACUGAUCCCGCCGAGCCCUCAAUCUCCUUAGGGCUGCUAAGAAUGUUUCUGUUGUCAAGUCCCUGACGAUUUCUAUGUGUAUCGCCUUUGUUGCCAGACAUACAAAAAUAGCAAUGUAGCCUUUGUAUGACUUGUAGCCUCUCCCUUUAGUUGCUCGAACUGGAAUGGGCCCUGCGUAGUCAAUCCCUGUAUUUGAAAAUGGUGGUGAUGGAGUUACUCUUUCCUUCGGUAAAUCGCCCAUCAAUUAACAUGCAUCUUAUAACUCUUUUCGCAUUGAUUAUCCAAAAUUUUUGUCUAGUGUAUGCUAGAGUGAGCUGGUUGCCUCCGUGCAGGGUUUUUGCAUGGGCUUCUUGAAUGAUCCUUGUAAAAUGAUUAUUUCUUGGGAGAAUAAUUGGGUGUUUUUCGUUGUACGGAAUCUCUGCGUUUUUUAAUCUGUCUUCCACUCGUAGUAUACCUUGCCUUCUUGGUCGAAUAUUGGAUUCAAAGUUUUUAGCCUACUUUUUUUUGUCUAUGUUCUUCUUCUCUUUCAGGCAUUUUUUUUUCUUCAUCAAACUCUAUCUCUUGUACGCAUCUGAUGAUCAGUGUCUUUUGUUAUUCAUCGGGAGACAAGUUCUCUUUUCGUGAGUUUUUCAUCAUUCUUCUGCAAUAUGACAAUACCUUCGUCAUUUUCGUAAAAAUGUUGAAAAUCUUCACCAGAAAUCAUCUUGUAGCGCAACUUGUGCCUGGUGGCACUGUGUUCGUUUGGUUCCUUCUGUGAUUUUCGGGAUGUAGGUGUAUUUUGGCCAACUUUCUUCAUUAAUUAGCCAUUCGGGUCCUGUCCACCACAGGUUUGAAUUUUUUAAUGUCUCUAUGCUGAUGCCUCGUGAAAUGGCAUCGGCUGGAUUCUCGCUCGAUUUAACGUGACUACAUUGUGUCGGCGGUAUUUUCUUCGAGACUGCUGCGACUCGAUUGGCGAUGAAUGUAUUCCACCGUGUAAGAUCCCCUUUUACCCAGCCUAGGGUUAUCAUUGAGUCAAUCCUAUGCGUAGAUCUUGAAAUUUUCUACUAGUUUUUUGGGAGCAUGCUGGUAGUUUUCUUUUUCAUCUUGUGCUAGUUGAUGUAAUGACCUGCGGCUGUGCCAUAUGUUAAGGUGGUUAAUCGAUAUUCUUGAGGUGGCAGAUUUACGUCGAAUCCCCAUAUUAUGCGUUGGUAUUGUUGGUCUUCUGGAUGGAUCAUUAUCAUUCGAUAUAUUUUUUCAAUAUCUGUUAUAAAGGCCACUCGGUGUCUUUGCCAACGUAGUAAUAUAUCUGCAAGGUCGUUUUGUUUGUGAUGCGUUACUGGUUUAAAUAAUAAAUUUUGAUUUGAAAGUGGACUGUAUUUUAAUAUGAAAUCAUGAAAAACAUGGAAUUUUGAGUCGAACAGCGCUCGGUUGAACUUACCGACAUGGACGCUUGUUGCUAACUGAACUCUUCUCGUCUCGUCGUCUCCUUCUCCAACAUGAAGGCAAUGCUGCCACGUCUUCCAAAUAUCUAUGUUUAUCCUAAACCCAAAAAUGCUUAUAAUUUUUCAAUAACACAGUAAAAAAAGCAGGUCCGUAUUUAAAAAAAAUAAAUUGAUGAUGAUUCCAGAAGAACGAAACGUUGGAUUUUAAAUUCAAUACCGCUCUCAUGUAGAGAAUAAAAAGUGACAAUGGGAAUCUGAAAUAAGUUUUUCAAAAUAUACAGUGUCAUUACUUAAGUGUGCAACAUAUGGGAUUUUUUUUAGUAAUAGCACAAUCAAAAUACAAACAAGGCCAAAAGUUGGCGCAUGUCUGAUAAUCAUAUUAGGUGCACUCAGAAUGGUUGCAAGUCAAACAGCAUACAGGGUGGCUCAAAAAAUAUCAAAAUUCUACUAAUAUUUACUUAAAUAAAAUAAAACUUUUGCACUCUAAGGAGAGUUUUUUUAAUAUGGCUAUUAUCAUUAGUAAUGUUUUUGUCUUAUCUUAUGUGUGGUUAGGAGGAGGAGGUUGUGAAUUAAACGACGUUCUAGUGGACACUGAAUAUAUGAUUUAUUGUAAAUCCGCAGGUUGACAAUUGACAUUAACCUACGUCAUGUGACGAGGUGUGCGUUCAUGUUCAUACUUUACAUCUCCCUUCUUAAAUUAAGACUUAAUUACAAUAUACAAAUUACAAUUAAUAAAUUAGUAUCACAGAGACAAGAAUCACAUUUUAUCACUAGUAUAGCAGUAACAUUUACAAUGCUGCAUUAACUGCUGUUCCAUGAACAGAACAUACAAUGCUGUAACAAUUCAAAAUUACAAACAACUCAAAUUAAUCCCAAAACAAAUACGACUGUUUGUACAGCCUUUUAGCACCUAGAUUAGAACUACAGAGACGCUAUGUAACCUUCAAUGCAUACAACACAAAUUACAGCCAAUCUUCUCCUCUCUUUUUAUGACAAAAAAAAAAUCUAUAAAACUUUGUUUAUUGUGUAAUAAACGCAGUAAUGAGUUUUGAAAUGAGGUACAUAAAUCAGCUCAUUUCAAUAUUAGUUUUUAAGAAGGAAGGAAAUUAAUUUACAGAACAAUGUUACUUAUAGAUAUCUGAGUAUCUAUAUGGUCGUUUUAUAACCCUACCAAAUUUAUUUACAAAAUUUUCUGGAACCAAAGUUGGCUCUUGAGUGUCCUGAUCGGAACUAGAACAUAAACUAGAACUAUUAUUUUCAUUUAAUACAGUUUCUUCACACAUUUUAAAGGAUUCGUCACUAUUAUCUAUGCUAUGAUCACUUUUACAAACAUUUGAGACAUCACUAUUACUAUUAAUACUAUUUUCUAGAACGUCAUUUUCUGAAACUUUUGCACUACUUGCUAGGUGUCCUCUAGCUUCUGAGUUAGGCAUGCAAAUUCCAAAUUUAUUUGGAUUAGUCGUUUGAGGUUCAACAGAUUCACAAUCAGAAUUACGUUGUUGAAAAAAUUCCGUCACCAUUGUCUUGAUCAAUAUUCUCGUUAUUAAUAUUUUCUGCAUUAUCUUCAUGAACUGCAAUGUAAUUUGGGUAUUGAAAUGAAUUAUUUAUACUUUCAUCAGCAAGUUUUUGCUGGUUGUCAAAAUUAUGCUUUUUAAAUGGUCUGAUAAAUCUACGAUUUCGAAUAUAUGAUCUUCCAUUGAUCAAGACAACCUGGUAAGAUUUGUUGGGUAACACUCUAUUAAUUUUACCCUCCUGCCAUUGGCCCUUAGGCUUUAAUUGAAUCAUAACAGUUUCAUCACAGUCUAAUUUUCUAAGAUCUCUGGUACCUUUUUUAUCAUAAUAAAACUUUUGAUUGUUUCGAGAUUUUUUAAUGAAAUUUGAAUAUUUGUUUUUCUGAUACAUUUUAGAUUUAAAUUUAGCAUUGGGCAAGGGCAAUAAAGAUCUAAGAUUUCUACACAUAAGAAUGUUAGCAGGUGUAUUAUGACCAUCAAUAGGAGUAUUUCUAUAAUCCAAGAGAGCCAAAUAGGGGUCUUUAUUGUCCAGAAUACUUUUUCUUAAUAUUGAUUUUACAGUUUUAAUAGCCCUUUCCACAGCACCAUUACUUUGUGGAUAUCUUGGUGAGCUUCUGAUGUGAUUAAAUUCAUAUUGCUUAGCGAAUCUAGCAAACUCAAAACUAACAAAUUCAGGGCCUGAAUCUGACAUGACAGUCAUUGGUAUUCCAAACCGUCCAAAACAUGAUUUUAAUUUACAAAUUACAUUAUAACUUGAAAGAUCCCUAUUUAGAUUCAUGACAUCAACAAAUUUAGAGUAGUAGUCAACUAAAAGAAGAUAUGACUCGUUAAACAAAUGAAAAAUAUCCACUGCAACCUUGCUAAACGGAAUCUCAUCAAACCCGUGAGAAGUCAUAGGCUCAGGCAUCUGACUCUUUUGAUAAGCCUGACACAAGUGGCAUGAUGUUACUAUAUCUUGAAUUUGUUUAUUCAUGCCUGGCCAGAAAAAAGAAAGGCGAGCUUUAGCCAGACAUUUAUUUAUUCCCAUAUGAAUAUAGUGAAUUUUAUUCAAGAUAUGAGCUCUACUAUCUUUAGGAACAAUCAACUUUUGGCUCUUAUACACCAAACCAUCUAUGACAUUAAGUUCACCUCUUACUUUAUAAUAAAAUUUUAAGUGAUUUGGUAUCUUUUUAUAACAAUUCGGCCAGCCAUUAUUUAUGAAAUCAAUGAUAGCUUUGAGGUCCCUAUCUUUCUUUGUAUUAUUUUUUAAUUCCAAAAUUCUAUCCUGAGUUGCAUUUAAUUGCAUAGAAAUUAAACAUACAUGUGCCUCUACUUCAAUAUCCAGAUUUUCAUUAAAAGUUUUUUCUUGCUCAAAGGCUCUACUCAGAGUAUCAGCUAUAAUCAACUGUUUUCCUGGUUUAUAAAUCAAAUCAAAGUCAUAUUUCCUCAAUUGAAUCAAGAUACGUUGUAACCUAGCAGGACAUUCGUUAAGUGGCUUUUUAAUUAUGUGAAUAAGAGGUCUAUGAUCUGUUUCCACAAUGAAAUGUUUAGCAUAUAUGAAUUGAGAAAAUCUAUCAAUGCCAAAAAAAAUGCUCAGUAAUUCUUUCUCUAUUUGACUAUAUCUUUGCCGAGUUGCUGUAAAAGAUCUUGAUGCAUAUGCACAAGGCUUACCCAUCUGCAUCAAUACAGCACCCAUACCCUUUUGACUAGCAUCUACUGAAAUAGUUGUAACUUUAUGUAUAUCAAAAAAUUGCAAACAUGGGCUUUUACACGCCAUUUCUUUCAACCUCAAAAAUGCUCUUUCAUGCACAUCUAACCACUGAAAAAUUACGUCUUUCUUUAAAAGAUCUCUCAAGGGGGCCGUUAUUACAGAUAAACUUUUAAUGAACUUUCCUAUAUACGUUAUACAUCCCAAAAAUCUCUGCACAUCAGUUUUAUCUCUGGGCCUAGGCAUAUUUUUAAUAGCCUCAAUCUUUGAACCGUCUGGUUCUAAUCCCUUCUCUGAAACCUGGUGUCCCAUAUACUUGACUUUGUCAACAAAAAAAUUAAAUUUAUUUCUAUUAAACCUGAUGCCCUUUGUUGCAGCUGUUUCAAAGACUUUUUUCAAAAUUCUAUCAUGUUUUUCUGGGGAAUCUGCAUAAACUAUUAAAUCAUCCGCAUAUAUACUACAUCCAUCAAUAUCACCAAAAAUCUCAUUCAUUCUUUCUUGAUAAACUUCUGGGGCACUAGUUAACCCAUAUGGCAUUCGCAAAAAACAAUAUCUGCCCCAAGGCGUUCCAAAAGUUGUCAUCUUAGAACUCUCCUCAUCUAAAGGAACCUGUAAAAAACCUUGAGCAGCAUCCAGGGUGGAAAAAUAUUUUGCAGCUGAAAAUUUUAGAGUCAACUCCUCUAAUGUUGGAAUUUUAAAAUAAUGCCUCUUGAUUGAUCGAUUCAAAUCUGCUGGGUCCAGACAAAUUCUUAGGUCUCCAUUUGGCUUUCUCACAAUUACAAAUGCAUUCACCCAUUCUGUACUUCCAUUCACUCUUUUUAUAACCCUCUGAUGUACUAACUGAUCUAAAGAAUGCUUCAUUUUUUCCAUAAUUGGAAAAGGAACUUUUCUAAUUGGAUGAACUACAGGGACUGCAUCCCCUUUUAAUUCAAUUUUAUAAACUUUUUCUAAACAACCCAGACCUUGAAACAAAUAACUAUAUUUAUUGAGCAAUAACUGCAAAUUAUUAUCCCUUUGAGCUAAGGUAUUUGAUGUUUCUAGACUAUCUAUUCUCUGAAUAAGAUUCAAAUCAAUACAUGAUUUCAAACCCAAAAUUGGAAUGCUACUUUCCAUUGUAUUGACAAAAAAUGAAAUUAAAAAUGAUUUUUCUUUAUGUUUACAGUUUAGAUCUACUUUGCCUACAAUUGGAAUACGGUCCUGCGUAUAAGAGCACAAAGUUACUGGGGUUUUAACAAUUUUUGCAGGAUCAAAAUUAAUUUUAUGCAACAAUCUAAUUGGAAUAACAUUUACCAUCGCUCCUGUGUCUAGCUUGAAAUUGAUGUUGUGUUGCUGUUCAACUGUCAGUACCAUAGCCCACGACACUCCUCCAGGGCCUGCUGAGACUCCAUUCACCUCAGAUGCCCGGAUUUCUGAUGUUGAAGGCCAUGUCUCGAUACUAUCUAUGAAAAGAAAAUCACCUUCAGAAUUUUGUCGAUUACUCUCUAUGGAAUUGAUACUUUUACGAAACUUAAAAUGAUUAUUUUUAGUGUUAUGUCUUACAUGAUUCCCAUUGCCAUUUACACCUCUAUCAUUCUGACUGAAUUUAUUGUACCUAUUAAAAGAACUUGAGUAAUUAUUAGAAAAAUUUGAAUUUGAAGAUCUACAAACAGAACCAAAAUGAUUAAAAUUUUUACAUAACUUGCAUUGUUUUCCUCUUGCUGGACAGCGCUGUUGAAGUCCAUGGCUGUAUCCACAUUUUCCACAUUUCGGUCUCUGUUGUCCCUUAUUUUUAGGACCAUGAAAGUUGAUUGGUGGGGCUCUGAGUCUUGAUAUGGCAUCAAUAUGUUGAUCACCUGACGAACCAUGGGCGGAGGAACCAUUUGUGAUGUAUUUGUUUCUUUCUUUGGUCUUCUCUGAAUUGAUGCAUGUUUUAAUUACAUCAUCCAACGUGGAAUUUUCAUCCAACAAUAGUCUUUCUCUCAAGGAUUCAGAUAAAAUGCCACAUAUGAUAAUAUCUUUGAGUAGGGAACUUUCCAAGUCCCUAAGUUCGCAAGAUAAAGCAAAAUUCUUGAUUUCAGUAAUAUAAUUUUCCAUAGUUUGUCCUUCUUUCUGUUUGCAUUUUAACAAUUUAUAUCUUUCAUAGGAUAAAUUAGUUUUAGGCGAGAAAUGUGCAUCAAAUUUUUCAAUCAAUUUUUCAAUUUUGUUUUCAUCAGCUUCAGCAAUUUUGAAAGUAUUAAAAAUACGCAUACCUUCAUCUCCAAUUAAGGUCAAAAGCUGGGCACAUUGAGUAGCUUCAUCCUUUUUUGAAAUUUCUGUGGCUCUGAGGUACAUGAUGAAUCUUUGUUUCCAGAAUCUCCAAUUUUCGGACAAAUUUCCCGAAAAUAUCAUCGGUGAAAUACCACGGAAGUCCAUUUUCUUCUUUUUAUUCCAUAAAAUUUUAAAAAACUUCUAUACUUUUUAAGAUGAUUGCCGAUUUUCAAAAAUUUCCGACUACGCCAUGUCUUAUCUUAUGUGUGGUUAGGAGGAGGAGGUUGUGAAUUAAACGACGUUCUAGUGGACACUGAAAUGAUUUAUUGUAAAUCCGCAGGUUGACAAUUGACAUUAAACUACGUCAUGUGACGAGGUGUGCGUUCAUGUUCAUACUUUACAGUUUUAACUUGUUAAAAAAAAAAUUGCGACAUUUUAAAGUUGUGUUGAAUAUCAUUGCAACAAACAUGAAUUUUGUGAUUCCAUAAAAAAUUAAAAAUCUAAGUUAAUUUUACAAAUAUGCUUGAAUUUGAACAAAGGUAUGUAAAAUUGAUUUGAUUUUAAUUAAUUUUUGAAAGUAUUAAGGGCGGAUAUAAAAAAUUAAAAAAAUAUAGAAAUUAUAGAUUUUUUUGGAAAGAAAACAAAAAAAAUCUUACAAGGCUAUGUUUUGGUAUUUAGGCAUAACUUUUAAUUCUAAACAACUUUUCUCUAUAACAUUUUGCUGAAUUUUCUAGAAUAAGAGUACUUUACAGUACCAGCUUUGAUAUUGUUUGAGCUACCCUGUAUGCCGUUUGACUUGCAACCAUUCUAAGUGUACCUAAUAUGAUUAUCAGACAUGCACCAACUUUUGGCCUUGUUUGUAUUUGGAUUGUGCUAUUACUAAAAAAAAUCCCCAUAUGUUGCACACUUAAAAAAUCACACUGUACAGGGUGGUCCAAAUUGGACACUUUCUUAUGGAAACACCCUUUAUUUUUAGAGAUAGAAAAAAAUGGACCCCCCACUCUGAGGCUCAAAUUUCAUGAAAUCUUGAUUGGUGCAAACCGCAUUUUGAUAUCUUCAACCGUUUUGCCGCUAGAGAGCGAUUCUCGAUUUUGAGCAAUACUGUAAAGUCUCCAUAACUUUUUUGUUUAUGAAAAUAAUUCAUUUCCGUAAAGACCUUUUGGAAGCACUUUUUCAAGCAGAAUUCAGUGACGUUCUUGGUUUUUUUCUGUUUGGCUUCGAUUUCGAAAUAUUGAUCAAAAUCCGAUUUUUUUCAAUAUGACACUCUAUAUAUUAAUAGCUCAUUGAAAAGCUCUGCUUUUGCUGAUUUCAAUGAUAUAGGAUUCGAUAGGUUUAUCUCUAACGGUUUUCGGGAAAAAAAAUAUUUCGGUUUUUGUCAUAAGAAACAAUGUGUUAGAAAGAGACCUUUCUCAAUUUCCUUACAGAGAUAAAGUCCUUUUCCAACACAUUGUUUCUUAUGGCAAAAACCGAAAUAAUUUUUUUUCUCGAAAACUCGAAAUCGAAGCCAGGCAGAAAAAAACUAAGAAUGUCACUGAAUUCUGCUUGAAAAAGUGCUUCUAAAAUGUCUGUACGGAAAUGAAUUAUUUGCAUAAACAAAAAGUUAUAGAGGCUUUACAGUAUUGCUCAAAAUCGAGAAUCGCCCUCUAGCGGCUAAACGGUUGAAGAUAUCAAAAUGCGGUUUGCACCAAUCAAGAUUUCAUGAAAUUUGAGCCUCAGAGUGGGGGGUCCAUUUUUUUCUAUCUCUGAAAAUAAAGGGUGUUUCCAUAAGAAAGUGUCCAAUUUGGCCCACCCUGUACAGGGUAUUUGAUUAUAUUUGGCACCAUACCUACAGCCUUUACUAUUUAAGAUAGAAAAAAAAUUUAAAUACAAAACUUGACAGUUUUUUUCUAUAUUUUCUUUUGACAGUAUCAGAAAAAACAAAAUCGCAUCGGAAAAUGGAGAAACGUAGGCAACUUCAACUUUUUUCAAUGGAACACCCUGUAUAUUAUUGCGAUAAAAUUAAAGAUAUUUUCUUCCUGAUUCCAAAUAUAUAUAUACUGAUCAUAUUUGAGUGAGUCGUUUUUAAUAUAUCUUAGCUUAACAGUAUCGGUUUUAGGAUGCCCUAAGAUAACAAAAUUACAAAUAAAAAAUCCAGGUCCGUAUUUAAAAAUAGUAAGUUGAAGAUGACCGCCUGAAGACGAAACGUCGAAUUUUAAAUUUAGUAGCACCGUCUUCUAAAGGGGAAAAAGUGACAAUGAUGAAGUGACCUUCAUUUUAAAAUUGCUUUUCAAAUAAGCCCGGGAAAAAAUAAAAACGAUUUUACAAAAUUUCGGUUUUUUCCGAAUAUAUUCGGAAUUUUUCUAAUUUCAAAACGGCAUUCUAUUGUUCAUAAAAUUGCACAACUUUGCCAUAAUUUAACCGACCCUGUAUCUCUCACGGUUUUCAAGAUCCCAAUGAUGAGGCUCGAAUUUGGGCCACCCUGUACAUAAAGAAAAUACUUGCUAUUGCUCUAUAGGCAGAACACAUAGCCUGUUUACAACUUGUUUCAAUGUUCCAGAAUGAGUUUUCACCGAUACUACGCGUGUGAUGUUAUCACUACCUGAAAAUACUUCACAUAUUUUUCCAGUUUUCCAGAGCAUUGGUGAUACAUUAUCAUCGCGAAUAAGAACAAGUAAUCCAGGUUUGACGAUUUGCGAAUCAUCAAUCAUCCACUUAUUUCGUUAUUGUAAAUUGUGCAGAUACUCGUUUGACCAACGUUUCAAAAAAUGUUGUACCAUUUUUUGGAUUUCCUGGUAUUUUGAAAGUCUAUUUGUCGGAAUGUGCUCAAUAUUUUCUUCAGGCAGUGCAUUCAAUUGUCGUCCAAUCAGAAAAUGUCCAGGGGUGAGGGUAUUAAAAUCGUUAGGAUCGUUGGAUAAUGGGCACAAAGGUCGGGAAUUCAAUACGGAUUCAAUUUGGGUAAGAAUAGUAUAUAGAUUCUCAUGUUCAGCGACUACUCUAACUAAAUGAUACUUCAUGCUUCUUACGGCGGAUUCCAAAAUUCCACCAAAAGUUGGAGAGCGAGGUGGAAUGAAAUGCCAUGUCACACGAUUUUCCAACAAAAAUUCUUUGGCUGUUAAAUCAGAUUGUAUUAUAUUUAAUUUGUCAUAGACCUCAAAAAUGUAGUUUUUUGCCCCAAGAAAAUUUGAACCAUUAUCAGAGUAUAUGUCAUUGCAAAUCCCUCUUCUUGAUAUGAAUCUUUUCAACGCGUUGAGAAAAGAAUGGGUAGAUAGAUCACCCACCAGUUCUAAAUGUAUUGCUUUUGUACAAAGACAAAUAAAUGAAAACACAGAUGUACGUUUUAACUAAUUUUCUGCAUCUCAAAGUACCAUCUUUCACCAGAAUAGGGCCUGCAAAAUCUAUACCUGUAGAAGAGAAUGGCGAUGAAGGAUUAACCCGAGCUGAAGGUAUUAAAUGUCCCAUAAUUGGGAUUAUUGAUGGUGGUUUGAUUUCAAAACAUAAUAAACAUUUCCGUAAAAACUUUCGGACUGUGGACUUACCGUUUAAUAUCUAAUAUUUUGUUCUAAGUGAAGAUAGUACAGUUUGAAUACCACCAUAUAAAGUUCAUAUGUGCUCAUGUAUUACAUAUUAAUAAUUCAGAAAAAUAAUGAUUGUUGGGUAAUAAAAUAUGAUUUUUUAUGGUCUGGAGAUAAGUUGGAAAAUUUCAAUCGUCCUCCUACUUGCAAAAUAUCAUUUUCAAUGUAUGGAUUUAAGGAUAAAAAUUUACUGUUUUUUGAAAUAUGUCCUUUGGUCUUGAUAUCAUUUAUUUCAUGCUUGAAAUAGAAACAGAAAAAAAUAGAAAAAUAGGGAGCAAACUGAUAUGCUUGUUCAAGCUAGGUUCUCAUAGCUAGGUAAUUAUGAUGUAUGCUGUCGUUUUUCUCUUAGGAGUGUCUUUUUUUUGUGUUUUUCAGCAGUUGAUCUGACUUGUCGGUAGCUUCCUGUUGCUGUCGUGCUAUUUGGUUUGCUUAAUCCAUCUUCUUGUUUGGUUGUGGAUUUUGUUGUUUUUACAGGUGUUCCUAGCUUGUAGCUACAGCGGCUUCUGGGGCCUUGUUAUUUUGAGCUCUGUCAUAUUGUUAAUUUGAGCGGCGUCUGGGGCCUUGUUGGUUCGGGCGGCACCUGAGGCCUUGUUGGUUAGGGCGGCGACUGAGGCGUUGUUGAUUUGGGCGGCGUCUGGGCCUUGUUCUUGGUUAAGUUUGAAGGACCAUAAAAGAUUGGCCGAGUGGUUUGGCCGUAGUAGGUUUUUGUGAGUGAAACAACGUUGAUAUUUGAAUACUAGUUGAAUACUGAUUUUUUAAAUCUUCUGGCGAUAAUUUAUAUUAAAAUCCUACAUAAACUCACAUUGCUCUUGGCGCGCGUACCGAGAAACUUUGAACGAGGCAACUUCAUCCUUUCGGCAGGUUUUGCGCAGAAUCCUGGAUUCUGACGACAAGUUCCAGUCCAAGAAUCCGAAUUUUCUAAGAUUUAAUAUAGAAAAAUGUAAAUACUGGACCUAUGAGCACUAUGGUCGGACUGAUUUUGGGUUCCAAUGAUAUCAAUCAUGGCAUAGAAGUAUGUACAUACAUGCCAAUAUUGUCAAGAUCGAGUAUGCAAAUAAGGAGCUUGAAGAUUUCAAGAAACGAAGGCUGUGGUCCCAAAUUUGUUUACAGUAAUUGCUUGAAGAAAGUUAGAAUGAAUCCUGUUGCAAUAGAAAUGGAUUUGCAUUCAAGGUCAGCAUCUGUAGAAUCAUACUUUUUAUAUGCAAACACAGUGGAAAGUAUGAAAGUAAAUAAAUAAUAAAUUCGCAGUGAAAAACUUCGUUCGAAUCUGACACGAGCUAAAUCGAACGAAACGAAACUAAGAUUUUAAUCUUCGCUUAGUUUAGCUAAAAUGACCGAGGGUAUAUUUGAGAGAAUGGUAACUAAUUUACUGAAAGCUUAUCUUCGCUUAGCUUAGUUUCGUUCCGCUCGCAGUGGCCGCCCGCCUUGAGUCUUUCCAGCGAGGUUUGCAUGAUAUAUGAUCAAAUUUAUGCUCGUAGAGAUGAAUAUGUAUCAUUUAUAGGAAGGUUUCUCAAAAUUGAUGGAAUUAUGCUUUUACCAUCUAACUCCUUUUACAAAACAGGCAUCUUUUAAAUGUUAGUUUGUCUACGUUAAUUUUACCUUCUGGUAUUUCUUUUGAACAUAUCAAACCAAUUGAGGUUCAGCCAAUAUCCCUUCAAGUCCCAUGUCUCGCCAUUUGCAACGUUUUAAGAAAUAACAUAGAAACCCAGUAUGCUCCAGAACCAACUAGGAGAAGAACCAUCUCCCCCGCCACAAAAAUCUGAAAAAUAAAAUAUGUGAUAGUGAUAAUACCUCCGCUUCUACUGGAUAGUUUAGAUUACAGUGCCUCUAUACAAGACAGUGGCGACAAUAGCGCCUAAGCUCCGCCCAUCCGCCAUGUUUUGUCAAACACAGUCAAUAAUGUUAUUGUUUUUUCUUUUCUUUCUGUUCUAACUUUUUAUCACAAAAUAGUCAAUAACAGGCACAAAUAACCAAAAACAAAAUUAUAUUAACAUAAAAUUGCAUAAAUCUCCGUAGGAUCAAAUGGUUAUCACAAAUAACUUUAGCGCCUAAGCUCCGCCCUCCCGCCAUGAUUUGUCAAACUCAGUCAAUAAUGUAUUUGUUUUUUCUUUUCCCUCUGUUCUAAUUUUUUUGUCACAAAAUAGUCAAUAACAGGCACAAAUAACAAAAACGAAAAUAUAUUAACACAAAAUUGCAUAAAUCUCCAUGAAAUCAAACAGUAAACACAAAUAACUUUCAACAAAACAUAGCCAAUAUUCUGCAGUCAAUCAAAAAUGAGCCCUCUAUUGUCGCCACUGUCUUGUAUAGAGGCACUGUAGUUUAGAUGAUGGUCGAUAUUGUCUAGUAUACAAAUAGGAAGCUUAAAGAUUUCAAGAAACGGGGGCCAUGGAUGAGUUUAAUUAUUGUGAACCCAAAUGUUGUCACGGUAAGGUCUUGAGUCUUGCCAGCGAGUCCUCCAUGGUGUAUGACUGGUUAUAUUACGGAGCCGCUUAAUUUCACCUUCUGGUAGUUCUCUUGAGCAUAUUAUACCAUUUGAGGUUCAACUAAUAUCCCUUCAAGUUUCAUGUCUUACUACCUUUUGCAACAUUUUAAGAAACAACAUAGAAAUUCAAUAUGCUCCAGAACCAACUAGGAGAAGAACCAUCUUCUCUGCCAGAAAAACCAGGAAAACUAAACAUGUAAUAAUACCUUAGCCUUUAUCAGAUAGUUCAGAUGAUGAAUCGCACAUUAUAAUAGUUCCUAGAUUCCUAGAUACAAUAAUGAAGAACGUCGUGUAUUUGAAAGAGACAACCAUGUUCACUCUGUAAGGGUUUCCAUGAGAGUUAAUAAUAUGGGUAAAGUGGAUAUAAAUAGAAUAAAUGAGAAUGGGCCAUUAGCAUUAGCAGACCCUAGUAAUAGCCAGGAAGAGAUGGAAUUUUCUGGACGUUUGGGGAUCUUCGUUUUGAAGACCACAUUUUGACAUUUUCAUUGGGCUAUUUUGCUGUGAUGGCCGUAAGGGCGCGAGCGGGUCAAUUUUGCCUGAUUUGAAUCAAACCUCCGAUAUGGAAUUGCAUUUUGGGACCUCUCGAAUGUGCUAUUUGUCUAGCAUAAAGAGGCUGCAAAUUUUAUUGCGGACAUUGGAAUCAUGCAGGCUCUAUUUUCUUUCUCCAAGAAUUUCAACUCCCUUCUUAUAGGUAUCAUCAUUAGAGGAUGUUUUCCAAAUUGAAUAGCACAAUUUUAAAUAAUGUUGUUUCAUGACACAUUAUAUUUUCACUGUUGAAACUCUCAUUAUUUACCAUGUAAAAUAAACGACUUAUAUGUAUUUUAAUUAUUUAAAGAUUCCCACCUUUUUUUUCUUAAUUAAGUACUAUAUCGCCAAGGGUGACUUUAAAUACGUAUUGCAUGCAGUAUACUUCUGAAAUGUUAUACAUUUUUGGUUUUGAAGGUGAACUAGUAUAUUCUAAAUUAAAACUAACUAAAAUAGUGACGUAACUAAACAAAAAAAAAAAGACUAACUAUACCAAAAAUUUUGGUAUAUACGCUUAAUAUUAAUUAUUGAAAUAUAAUUGAAAUCCUCUUUAACAAUGGCUUUACAAGUAUUUGUAUAAAAAAUAAUAAUGUAAAAAAUAAUCGCUUUUUUCUAACUUUUUUUUUCCAAUGAGUGUAGAGGGUGGUUAGAUUAAAAUUUAAUUUUUUGCAUAAUAAUAAUUAUUGCAAAAAAUCGAAUGGUGAUAAGGUAGGGUUACAUGUAUGUAUUAGAGAAAACCCCUAAUUAUUAGUUAUUUCCAAUUUUUUAAGCAAAUGCAAGUAUGUAUGUAGUAAAGAAAACCACUUAAUUAAAAACCCAGCUCAGAUGCUUCAAAAAAUUUAUCCACAUAGAGCAUACAUAGGUUUAAAAAAAUGUUAACAAUCAAAAAUGUAUUUUUUCUUUUCAAAGAUUUUUAUUUGUAGAUAUUUUGUUAAUUUUAUUUUUGUCUAAUUUCACCAGGAACAUGAUUUUAUAUGUAUAUAGAACCUUUUUUUUUUUACAGCAAUUAAAAUUAAAGGACAACAGUUUUUGUUAGUUAUUAAAAAAUUAAUUUGUUUAAUUCAUAGUGAAUUUUUUUAUGAGGUGUUCCAAAAACAACAAUUUACACCAAUUUUUGGAACAGCAUUUCAUGAUUUGCUAUUCGUUCACAGUUUGAAAACUUUUACAGCCAUAUAAUAAAUGGAAUAUGUGAAUGCGGGUGGAAUUGUUUAAUUUGAUUAUUUUAGGUAAAUGCUCAAAAUUAUGUCAAACAUUAAUUCAAUAUAGCCAGCCUGUUAUCCUUUGUCUUUAUUUCUGUAAAUUAUUUUUUUUCUGUUAAUUUAAGCUAUAACAAAAAAAAAAAACACAAGUGAUUUAUUUAGUGUAAUAACGAAUUGAAAGAAAUACUUAUGAUGACAUAUUAAUUAUUAAAGAUUUUUUAGUCAAUACAAUUAUUGUACAUAAUUUGUUAAAACAAAGCUACUAUUUGUGUCAAACUUGAUUAUGAUUAUUAGUGUAAUUUUUUAACUUAAAUUAUAUAGUCAGCUCGUAAAACAACAAUAAUUUGUGUUUCAGUUUUUAGUUGCCCCUCACAUAUCUGUCCAAUGCUUCAUCGGGAUACCUAUGUGCUUUUUCCUACUUAGUGUCCCUUGACACACUUAAGCGAAAUAAGUAUUCCAUGUGCGGAUGUACCGGGUGUCCAAAUAAGAAAGGUCGCCGGCUAUAUCCCAGGAACUAUUAGUCCUAGAGCUUCCAAGUAAAAAUUUUUUUUAUAAAAUAGGCCAAAAUUGCUGGAAAUAGUUUUCAAGUUUGUAAGUUGACCGCUAGGGGGCGCAACGAACACUCGAAAACAUAAUACUGUGAUUAUCUUCAAAAAACGCCCACUUAAGGUAUCCUAAAAAUAUGAUUAUUGAAAUCUUGAUGAGAUUACGAAAAAAUUUUGUUAAGGAUUUUUUGCUCUAACUCUUCAAAUAAGAGGUGGGGGAAGGUUCAAACUUGUCAGGAACAAAAGUUAUAUAACUUUUUUGUUUUUCAACCGAUUUAAAUGAAUCUGGUGUCAUUUGGAAGAGUUUUUUUCUGUUUAAUGAAAUGCAUAAUAAAAAUGACCAAAUUAAAUUGUUUUGUUGCCGCUAGGGGGCGCUGUGUCUAAAAGUCGACAAUUUUCCAUUUUUUCUUGGAAAUUUCAAAUAUAAUGAUGCUUUUUUUAUAAUUUAGAUGGAAAGAGGAUGAAUAAAUAAGGAAACUGGUGAAAACCGCAAGUCUGAAUCUUUAUCCUAGCCCAAAAUAUAAAUAUGUAAACAAAUAUUUUCAAUAAAAAAAAUUUCAGAAAAAAACCAUCUUGCCUUCCUUUUCGGGAUGGAACAAAAAAAAUCUUAUUUUUUUACGG